CUUCUCAUCACAUGCAUCUUAUUUAUUAGUUUUUGCUUCCUUUUGAUUAGCUUGUAGAUCUCCAUCUCUGUCUGUUUGUCUCUCAACACACUUGCCUACUACUAUUACUACUAGUGUAGGUUUGUUUGGUUAGAAAAAGAUGGUUAGGUCUCCGCGCUGUGAGAAAGGGGGGCUCAAGAAAGGACCAUGGACUCCUGAAGAAGACCAGAAGCUCUUGGCUUACAUAGAAGAACACGGCUAUGGAAGCUGGCAAGCCCUGCCGGCCAAAGCUGGGCUUCAAAGAUGCGGGAAGAGCUGUAGGCUUAGGUGGACUAAUUAUCUCAGACCAGACAUCAAGAGAGGAAAGUUCAGUUUGCAGGAAGAACAGACCAUCAUUCAACUUCAUGCUCUUCUAGGAAACAAGUGGUCAGCAAUAGCGACUCACUUGCCCAAAAGAACCGAUAAUGAGAUAAAGAACUACUGGAACACACAUCUUAAGAAAAGAUUAGACAAAAUGGGCAUUGAUCCGGUGACCCAUAAACCAAAAGCUGAUGCAUUUGGCUCCAGCAGCGGCCAGUCCAAGGAUGCUGCCAAUUUAAGCCACACGGCUCAGUGGGAGAGUGCUCGCCUAGAAGCCGAAGCCAGAUCGGUCCGUGAGUCUAAACUAGCAUCAAAACCUCCAGAAAACCAAUUUGGCUUCUCAUCAUCAUCGUCAGCUUCUUCUCUCCAUCUUCCUAAGCUCCCCUCCACCAACAAAGCCGCAGAAGCAGCAGCUCCACCAGUUAGACCAAAGUGCCUUGACGUGCUCAAAGCAUGGCAAGGAAUGGCAUCCGGCAUGUUCUUCUCCGGCGACAGCCUCGAGUCUCCAACAUCCACGUUAAAUUUCGCAGAAAAUGCAUUAGCGAUCCCAUUGGUUGGAUUUCACCAUGAAACUUCAAUCCUUCCGCUUCAGUUUCCUACUUGCAAUAUUACAUGCAAAGGAGGGAUGGAUGAAGAUGUUUCCCACAGCGAACAUGAAUGGAAAUGCUUUGAAAAAUCAAACCAAAUGGCACUGCAGGUGAAAGAAACAUUAGGUGAAUCAAUUGCAGUGCAUGAAAUGACUACGUAUGGUAGUGAAAACGCAUGGAUUUUUGACUCUUUUAGGGUAGUUCCAAAUGAUUUUUCAUCUAUAGGGAAUAUCGUGGAAGGCCUUUCUGAUAAUAUAGCUUAUAACUCCGGUGAUCAGAAUUCUUCCAUGGCUGGAGAAAACACUACAACUACAAGUGACAGCUGCGGUGCGAAUCUUGAAGACCUGCAAGGGAAUUACUGGAAUAGCUUAUUACUCAAUUUGGUGGAUGUUCCACCCUCUGGUUCACCUGUGUUUUGAAAAUCAGGAAAAAAGAAAAAGAAAAGAAAGUGAAGGAAAACGUUGUAGGAGUUGACAGCGAAAUGGAGUCAUAAUUGAGCAUUUGAAGGUAUUAGGUAUGGUGUUAUCAUCACCUUUUGAAUA